AACGCAAAAUAUCAUUAUCUAAAACGCAACUUCCACCUCUCAAUCAAACCAACUGUACAUAAAGAGAGAAGAAAAAACCCUUUCAAACCCAAUCCAAUUAUGCUUUUCUUCAACUUUCCCACAUACCCUUUUGUCUAAAUAUCUUGGGAAAUAAAAUUAAAUAUCUUGAAAAAUAAAAGGAAAAGAUGUCAGUUUUGGCAGCGAAUUCUCAAAUUCUGUCCCGAGAAAUCUAUCAAAGAUACCAACAACAACAGCUUUGGAACAAUGGAAGCUGUUUGUUUUCACCAAAGAAUUCUGGGUAUUUUGGGUCUGAUUGGAAGGAUAGAAAAUGGAAGAAUAAAACCGUGAGGAGCAGAGAGUGGAGGGUACAGGCUCUUUGGCCUGAUUUGUCAAGACCCAGUGCGAUUGAGAUGGAAACCAUCAACGACUCUGAUCACCUUGAUCAGAUUCUGGCCCGUGCUCGACAGCUCUCUCAGCCUAUUAUCAUUGAUUGGAUGGCUGCUUGGUGCCGGAAAUGCAUCUAUUUGAAGCCAAAGUUGGAGAAAUUGGCAGCUGAGUUCGAUACCAAAAUCAAAUUCUAUUACGUGGAUGUCAACAAAGUACCUCAAGCUUUAGUGAAGCGGGGAAAUAUCUCUAAAAUGCCAACAAUUCAGUUAUGGAAGGAUGGAGAGAUGAAAGAAGAAGUAAUUGGAGGGCACAAAGCAUGGCUUGUGACUGAAGAAGUGAGACAAAUGAUCAAAAAAUUUGUCUGAAUAAUACUGGGGAUUAUUUUCACUUUUUUUGAUGUAAAAUUGUAAGAUGAUCAUGAGAAACUGAUGAUGGUAUUCUCACCACCAGCCAUACGUAAACUUUUUAUUUGUACAGUAAAGUUAAUUCCACAAAUUAAACAGUGUUGAUGCAUUAAGGUAAUGUUGCAAUUUGAUUUUAUGAAAAUUAUAUUGGCAA